CAGCCCCGCCUCGCUCCUGCGCCGGCGCAGUGCGCGCUCUUCGCUCUGAGGCGGCUUCCGGCCGGGGCCGGACGAGUUUCUGCGUCCGCCCCGCACUGGGGUGGAAAUUUUCUCAUAUUCUUGUCCUUGUGCUACUAAAAUCAUCCCUAACUAAAGAUGCAUCCAGACCUGUCUCCUCAUCUGCACACUGAAGAGUGUAACCUAAUUAUCAGUCUGCUCAAGAAGUGUCACAAGGAGCACAAUGUUUUGAAGUUUUUUGGCCAUUGCAAUGAUAUUGACCGUGAGAUGAGGAAGUGCUUAAAAAAAGAGUAUGAAGAAAACAGGCGCAGAAACCGGGAGAAGCGACAGAGGAUAAUAAAUGCUCACAAAGCCUCAGAGAAGUGAGAGCUGUGCUGUGGCUGGACAGCUGCAGCUCCAUAGGGAUGUUCACUUGCAAGCUGACAGAAUACUUGUGUUUCAUCACCUGUGUCCAGUGGUUUGUGAAAUGGUGACAAAAUAAAUGCAUCUAAUACAUAGUCAUUCCCAGCAAGGCAAGCAGUGUGAAAAAAUAAACACCAUACAUCGCUCACAA